UGCUAAGGUAGUUUGAAACGACGCGAUUUCAGCAAUACUCAUCCACAACCCCUAAUAGAUCGAUAUAUCGAUCCUCAAUUUGUGACUUCUAGUAUUAUAUCGAUCGAUAGCUUGUUAUUUUCUUAUAGUGAUGAGUACAAACGGCAACACAAUGAAGGUGGCGUGUUCGCAGUGCGACACACUCAAUCACCUGUCCCACAAUGCGCUGCAGGCACGCGCCUUCUUUUUCUGCACUGCUUGUGGUGUGAAGAGCACGCCCCCAGAAGACAUGGCACAGCCCAAUGGCCGUGUGCAGCACCCUCCCGCAUACAACCAUGUGCACACCUCAGCCACUAACUCACCCGCACACACCCCGCUGGUACCGAGCAUCCACUCGACCCCCUCACGGCCACUGUCUUCGCAGUCUGCGCCAUAUCCCCUGAACAGACCAGUAUCGUACAAUGGCAGGGGCUCAGGGCCGGGUGUGUAUCCAGCCCCACAGGCGAGCGCAUAUGCUCCGCCACAUAUACAUGCAUAUCCCCCUUCGCAUGUGUAUCCCACAGUGCAUUCCGUGCCCACACACCGCCAGACUUCGGUGCCUCUGCACAGCAGCGGUAACCUGUACCCUACAUUGGAUAUGCACAACUUCGUCUCCAGUGAAUCGCCACAGCUCACCAGUCACAGCUACCAGGACAUCGCCGGUCACCGACGGGCCAGUGUGCAAAGCGACCGACACAGGUCUGAGCCUCGCCAAUACCAGGCGUUCUAUGCACCCGCG